AUGAUGUCGUCAACCCUCCUCUCAGCGGCCACCACUUUCGACAAGGGCUUAGCCCCAAGCUAUCAGCCCUUCAAAGAGAGAUACAACCUGGAAUGCCUGGUGCAAGAUAUCAAACAGCAUUUGGGAGCGACGGGUGGUAUAUCUUCUGAAGAAGUCGAUGAAGAAUAUCUGAUCUCACUGGCACAAAAAUACAUCUCCGACCCGAGUGAUUGGAUCGAGUAUUUCUACAAUGAUACCAGCAAGAAUUAUACCCGCAAUGCUAUUGAGAAUAUCAAUCACAAGGCGAAUAUUCUUCUUCUCGUCUGGAACCCUGGAAAAGGCUCCCCGAUCCACGAUCAUGCCAACGCGCACUGCAUAAUGAAGGUCCUCGCAGGACAAUUACACGAGACUGUUUACUAUGCACCUGAGACCGAUUCCAAAGAGGCUAAGCCUUUGACUAUCAAGUCGGCUAAUACGUUUGGUAUGAAUGAAGUGACAUACAUCUCCGAUGACAUUGGUCUUCACCGAGUUCAUAAUCCUCAUCCCACCCAGAUUGCUGUCUCUUUACACCUUUACACCCCGCCAAAUGCAGCCGACUAUGGCUACAAUAUUUUCAAUGAAGCCACAGGGUCGGCUAGUUAUGUAUCCCAGGCUCGCUCGAUCUCGAAAUAG